AUGGAUAAAAAUGGAGAAUAAAUCUUCACUUCAGAGUUUUGGAGAGAAAUAAAUGAACAAUAUUUCAUUGUCUAAUCUCCAGUUUAAAUAACAGAUAUCGAUAUUCUCAAAAGCAAAUCUCGAAAUGGCAGAUCAUCAAAAUUUGUGAGUCCAUUAAAUAAGGUAAUUAGGUAGAACAAUCGAACCAAGCUGUUCUAAACUAACUUAAACAAUUUGAAAACAAGAUUUUAGUUGCUCUUUAUGCAAAGACAAUCAAAAUAGGAACCGAUAGAAAAUUUAAUAGAUGAAAUGAUAGACGAAGUUUGUUUUGAUCAUCUGUCAACUGAAUUAAUGAAGGCAUAAGAGUUAAUAAAGAAUAUCACGCUUUGUUCGGAUGCAUAGCAAUUGCAGAUUUACAAUCAAGAAGCAGAUUUGUUAUCUAAUUUAAUGCAACAAAUUGAUUGGCCAGAUGAGUUAAGUAUUUCAAUAGAACAAUAUCAAUAAUAACUUGAUGAAAUUACUAGUUGCAACAGAAAUGCAUUGCAAAUUUUGGAACAGCACAUUCAUCAGAUAAACUUAACUUUAUUGUAUACUUACAAUAGCUCUUAAGUUGGGGAACAUAAAUUGAAAUUGACUCGAUCGAGACUGUCCAAUCAUUAAAACGAAUUAAGUUAGCUCAAACACCUAAUAAUCUCACAGUAAGACUAUUAAGUGGCUGAGAGUAUUGCCAAAGCAACCUUCAAUGAUUAAAACAAUACAGUCCAUGUUAUUUUCGAUAAGUAUUUGAGUAAAACUCCCAUCACUAUGAGUGUGGAGGAUUUUGGCAAUCUCCAGAGAUUUCGAGAACAAAAGUUUGAUUUAGUUACCUAACCAUGCAAUUUGAGAUCUGAUGUAAUUCUGUAUGUAGGAUAGUAGGAUGUGUUCGAAAUGUAGAUGUGCCAUUAUUGUAAGGAGAUGGUGGAAAUCAAAAAUCUGAAAUAGUGUCAAUAUAACCAUUUUUAAAUGGGUUUGCAUGAAUACAACGAAGAUUUAUUGAUCUGUCAAAGGUACUAAAUAAAUGCCAAGUAAGCAAGAUAAUUUCUCAUUGAUUUUUAUGCUGAGAAUUAUGUCAUAGAAAACAAAUAAAUAAUGUGUUAGAGGUACUUCUGUUUAAAGUGUCUAAAGUACGAUUUUGAUUCUUAUGAGACCACGUCUUAUUUGUGGAUUUGUCCUUUGUGCAAAGGAUUCUGCACUUGCGAAAGAUGCGAAAGAAAUGACAUGAUCUAUAAGAUGAAAAGACAAUUCUUAGAACUUAACGGCGAUCUGGAAGAUAUUUACAGGACAUCCUAAUUUGAGAGUUUGGUCAAGGAGAAAAGGAGGCAGUUGUUGGACAUUCCUUUAGAGUUCCUGAACAACACAAAAAAUGAUGAAGAAACAAUUUAUUAGAAGACGAAUAGGAGAUAAAAUUAGAGUAAUUAAAUUAGGAAGAAGAUUAAUAAAGAUGACUCACAUUUAAUUAAGAAAAGCCAAAAAUUAUAUCAAUAAGAGAGUUCAUCGUCUUCGAUCAAGAUGAAAAGAUCAAAAGAGACAACAACUCAGAAUACAAUUUCUAGUUUGGAUUCAAUUAAUUCACAAAUGUUUAUUUGA